AUGGCUUCUCUGCCUCAACCCAAAACACCCCUUCUUACUUCAUUGUUGUUCUCAUUCUUCACCAUAAUGGCUCAUGCCAUUGUUCCUCAAAACCAAACCUUUAAUUUUGUUAAUUCAGGUGAACUUGGGCCCUUCAUAGUGGAGUAUGGUGCUGACUACAGAAUGAUAGCCAUCUUCAACUCUCCUUUCCAAGUUGGUUUCUACAACACAACACCAAAUGCCUUCACUCUGGCUUUGCGUGUGGGACUUCAACGCUCAGAGCAGCUUUUUCGUUGGGUGUGGGAAGCCAACAGAGGCAACCCAGUUGGAGAAAAUGCCACCUUUUCAUUAGGGACUAAUGGGAACCUUGUGUUGGCUGAUGCUAAUGGUAGAAUUGCUUGGCAAACCAACACUGCCAACAAGGGUGUUGUGGCCUUCAAGUUGCUUCCAAAUGGUAACAUGGUACUCAUUGAUUCCAAAGGUAAGUUCAUUUGGCAAAGUUUUGACCACCCUACGGAUACCCUCUUGGUGGGUCAGUACCUACGAGUUAAAGGGCCAUCAGAGCUUGUAAGUAGGCUUUCAGAGAAGGAAAACACAAAUGGGCCUUAUAGCUUGGUUUUGGAACCUAAAGGGCUGGCCUUGUAUUAUAAGAGCAUGAAUUCUCCAAGGCCAAUUCUCUAUUGGUUUUCAUCUGAUUGGUUCUUCAUUCAAGAAGGGUCCUUAGAAAAUGUCACACUUUCAUCUGAUUCAGAAAGUUUUGAAAUUGGAUUUGAUUACCAUGUGGCCAAUUCUUCCACUAGUGGCAAUAGAAUCAUUGGUAAGCCAGUUAAUAAUAGCACACUAACAUAUCUUAGGCUUGGAAUUGAUGGUAACAUUAGGUUUCACACUUACUUCCUUGACGUGCGUGAUGGUGUUUGGAAAGUUAGCUACACUCUCUUUGACAGAGAUUCUGAUGAAAGUGAGUGCCAAUUGCCAAGUAGAUGUAGGAAGUUUGGGCUUUGUGAGAACAACCAAUGUGUUGCUUGCCCAUUGGAGAAUGGGUUAUUUGGUUGGAGCAACAAUUGCAUAGCUAAGCCUGUUAAAUCAUGCAAGGGAAGUGAGUUCCACUACUACAAACUUGAAGGAGUUGAGCAUUACAUGAGCAAAUACACUGGAGGGGAUAGAUUAAGUGAAAGUAAAUGUGGAAACAAAUGUACCAAUGACUGCAAGUGUGUGGGAUAUUUCUACCACAGGGAUAACUCAAGGUGUUGGAUAGCUUAUGAUCUGCAAACACUCACUAGAGUUGCAAAUUCCACACAUGUGGGUUUUAUUAAGGUUCCUAAUCAGAGUAAUAAGAGAAGCCUUGGUGCUUGGUAA